UUAUAACGAUUUUCACUGCACAGUGAAAUGACGAUUUUAUUGAAAUUAAUAUUAAGUACGCCGCGGCUACUCGAGUGCUCUAAAAUUGAUCACACGACGUUUGUGUAACAAUUUAUUUUUGUGAUAUUAUAUACCAGUAGCCCGAUCGGUGGUUUUUUUUUAAUGGUUUUAUUUUUAUGUUUUUUCCUAAUACCUAAAUAUUGUUAAUAUUAUUUUACACGUGUGCGAGUCUCGAGGCAGUUUCAAAAUUCGAAGAGCCGUCCACCGCCGCCCUUGGACUGAAACCGUUGAUCGCAAAAUUAAAUAGAUUAUUAUACAUAUACCUAUCUAAGAUUAUAAGAUGGUACUGUUUCGGAGUAGAAACUCUGUUCGAAACGAAGAUGUUAUACCAGAUAUAUCGGCUCCAAUACUUCUAAGAAUGACAGCUAUCAGAAACAGUAUGCGCGCGGAACAUCAAUUUAUUGGAGAUAAACACAGCAGUCUUUAUGGCGUACAACAAGCAGACGUCAGCUUGUGGAACAAGAACAUGGGACAAAAGUGGCGGAAGAUCCGGCGUCGGUGUUCGUCGUUCAACACGGGCACCGGCAAGGACAAAUCGGCCACGGUGGACGGGCCGCUGUUGCCGCCGUCGCCGUCGUCGUCGGACGAUUCGACCGCGUCGCUGUCACCGCCAAUGGCGGCCGCGGCCACGGUGCAAGACAUGUUGCGCGCCCGGCUGAACAUGCUGAACAUCAGCUACAAGCGCCGACCGCAACUGCAGCUGUUCGGCAGCGCGCGCCCGUCCAGUCUGGCCCCGGACGGGUCGUCCACGUUCUACGUACCGUCGCCGUUGCUGGGACAGGACUUGCAGGACACCGCGGGCCCGUGUUCGCUGCCCGUCGCGUUCGACCUGUCCGCCGACCACCGGCUGCUGCAGCCGUCGUCGCUGUGCCGCGUUGCCGAGACGCCGUCGUCCUGCGGUUCGUCCGGCCGCGGGACCGCCGACGACGGAGCCGGCAGCGAUCGUUCGUCCGUGUCGUACAGCGACCACGGUUACAACAGCAUCGUCAGCACCGCGACAGCCUGCACCGGAUACGACGGCGACCGACUCAGCUGUAGACCUCAUUCGUUCGUCGUCAGACGGUCCGUAAAUAACGCGGCGCGCCGACCAACGCGUUGCAGUGGCGACGACACCGACGACGGUUACAACGACGACGACGCCGACGCCGACGACGACGACGACUAUUACAAUUGCAGUCUGCUGUUGCAGAACAAGCCGAAGAUGCGGUCGUGCCGGAGGUGGUCGCAAGCCGACUCGCUGGCGCUGGACACGCCGCUGACGGCCAAAGCGUUCGUGAUCGGCGGCGCCGUCUCCUCGUCCUCGCCCGGCCACGGCGCCUGUCGUCCUCGUUUCGGCGGCCCGUCGUCACUGCAGCAGGCCUACACGCCGCCGCCGCCGCCGCAGCAACAGUUACCAUCCUUACAGCAACAGUUACCGCCCGUGCAGCAACAGUUACCGCCCCUGCAGCAACUGUUGCCGCCGCGAUCGUCGCCGCCACCGCUGCCACCGCCACUGAUGCACAAACCGCCGCCGCCGCUGCCGCCGCCGCCGCCACCGCCAUCAGAGAGGACCGUCGUCGACCUUCCGGCCAUACCGGAAUCGUCGCAGUGGGACGAGCAACGUUCACGCCACCGCCGACGGACGCCGGAAAAGCAGCAGGCCGACAGGCUGGAAAGGAACGGUUCGACGAGGAUCAGCGGCAGGAACCCGUAUCGCACGUUCAACGGGAGGGCCGCGUCGCCGGCUGGCGCCACUGUCCCCGGUUCCGGGGGCGGCGGAAACGGCAGUGGCGUCGUCCCGGCGGGCCAUUGUCAUCGCGACAAUCUGCAGGGCGGAAAAAACGACGGCAAUUGUUUCUACACGCUGCCGCGGGGGGGCGGCAAGGAUGCGUGUUUCACGAUAAUGACGGUCAAGUUCCAAAAAGGCCCGGGCCACAAGUGCCUGGGCUUCAGCAUCGUAGGCGGCACGGACUCGCCGAAAGGUACGAUGGGCAUCUAUGUGAAAACCAUUUUUCCGAACGGACAAGCCGCCGACAAGGAGACGUUGAAAGAAGGUGACGAGAUAUUGGCCGUCAACAACAAACCGUUGCACGGGUUAAGUCAUCGUGAAGCGAUAGCUGUGUUCAAAGAGAUCAAACUGGGAGAAAUGGCGUUGCACAUCGGUAGGAGGAUUCCGAAAAGAACUCGGGAAUCGGUCAAGUCGAUGCGAAGUCCUUGAAAAGAAGAAUAUUUAUCGAGAUUCUCAUUUCAAUGGAUGGUGUUAUUAUUAUUACUAUUUACUAUAUCAUUAAGUUUUGUACCUGUACCUAUAAUUUUAUUCCGAGUUUUAUGUAAUGUUUCGAUCGUUUAACCAAUAAUUAUUAUUAAUUUCUCAUUUUUACAUAAUAAUAUACAGGUUGGCCACCGCGAUUUCUCGUUUUUCAACACUAACUUUAAGUCUAUGAAUAUGUAUAGUACUAUAGUGUAUACAUAAUAUAUUGUAUGUACCUAUGUGAAAAAAGAGUAAAUAACGGUAGGUAACCCACCUUAUAUGUAUUUAAUAUAUGAUAUAUUAUUACUGUAUGUCUGUAUACAUAUAUAUUAUGUAAUAACUGUUACCAGUGUGUAAAUAAAAUAUUUACAAACA